AAACAGACUUUUGUGGAUGAGUUUUUGUUGCUAAGUCUUUUACAAGAUGCACAAACUCAGAUCCUUCUGUUGUUCUUCAUCAUUGAUGUGCUGACUGUAUUUGGAAGCCUGCUCAUCUUUAUCCUCAUCUUCAUGAAUUCUCAACUUCAUACCCCCAUGUACUUUUUUUUUAGAAACUUCUCUUCUGCAGAUCUCUGUCUCUCAAAUAGCGUUGUUCCUCAAGUAUUGCUCCACUUCCUUGCAAAAAGGAAAACUCUUUCUUUUUGAAGCUGUGUGACACAGGUAAUAGUCACCCUUCAGAUUGGAUGUACAGAGUAUGCACUGCUAGCUGUGAUGUCCUGUGACCGGCAUGUGGCUGUGUGUAAGUUCCUGCACUACUCCGCCAUUAUGACCCAACUUUGUCUCCAGUUGGCUCUAGGGUCUUUGGUGAGUAGGCUCCUAGUGUCCCUAAUAAAUACUGCUGCAUUCCAUCUUCCCUAUAAAGGGCAGAACACAGUCAGACAUUAAUUUUGUGAACUUCCUGCUUUUUUAAAGGUGGCUUCCGCAGUUACUUACAGCACAGAAAUGGCCAUCUUUGCAAUGGGCAUAGUGAUCCUCUUAGCACCUGUCUCCUUCAUCCUCAUCUCAUCUAACUGGAACAUCAUCUCCACUGUGAUCCAGAUGCAGGCUGGGGAAGGGAGGCUUUCAACCUGUGGUUCCCAUCUCACUGUUGUCCUCUCCUACGGCUCUGGAACAUUUAACUAUAGGCAGAUAAACACCAAAACCACAAAGAACCCGGAUAAGAUAAUAUCUGUGUUCUACACAGUGGUGACUCCAAUGCUAAACCCCAUACUUUAUAGACUGGGGAACAAGGAUGUCAGAGGAGCCUUUGGGAGACUAGCUGCAAGGAUGUCCUUCUUUCACAAGAAAUGA